UCUCGCCACAGCGGGCGCGCGCUUCCCACUGCUCGAGCUAACAUCGCUUCAUGGCAGUUUCAGACUUUACUCAGUUCCACAGCUCAGAGUCACUCCGUUAUAAACAGCCCCGGAUUUAACUCUCCCUCUGGCUGUACUAUGUUUAAGAGGAUGGCUGAAUUCGGUCCGGAUUCUGGAGGCCGCGUCAAGGGCGUGACCAUUGUGAAGCCCAUCGUGUUCGGUAAUGUCGCUCGCUAUUUUGGGAAGAAGCGCGAAGAGGACGGACACACACACCAGUGGACUGUGUACGUUAAACCAUACAGGAACGAGGACAUGUCUGCUUACGUAAAGAAGAUCCAGUUUAAACUACAUGAGAGUUACGGCAACCCUUUACGAGUGGUGACGAAGCCUCCGUAUGAGAUCACAGAAACCGGCUGGGGAGAGUUUGAGAUCAUUAUAAAGAUCUUCUUCAUCGACCCCAAUGAGAGACCUGUCACUCUGUAUCACCUGCUGAAGCUCUUCCAGUCCGACUCCAGCGCCAUGCCUAAGAAAACCGUCGUCUCCGAGUUCUACGAUGAGAUGAUCUUCCAGGAUCCCACAGCGAUGAUGCAGCAGCUGUUAAACACCACGAGGCAGCUCACGCUUGGAGCCUACAAACACGAGACUGAGUUUGCAGAGCUGGAGUUGCGUACGCGAGAGAAACUUGAGGCGGCGAAGAAGAAGACGAGUCUGGAGAUCACAGAGCUGAAGGAGAAGCUGAAGGCCUCCAGAGAAAACAUCAAUUUCCUGAAGGAGGAGAUCCGCAAACUGGAGGAGGAGGACCAGCUAAAGGAUCACUAACACACACACACACACACACACACACACACACCUUUACCUGUGAGGGUCUCAUCACCUCUCUGUACUCCAUGAACUUGAUUUUCUUUUAAAUGUUCAUUAUUUCUACACUGGACUGUAGAACUGUUGGUGUUACAUCUCAUCUCUAGUCAGAUCCAAACUGUGCAGGUCGUCCGUGUUGCGUUUCAGAGCUGUGGAGAAUAUUAGAUAUUAAUGGUAGACAAUAUUCUGGGUAAACCAAUCAGCGUUUGAAUCUGAUGUGAUUGAAAGCUGAACCCUGCAGUAUUACCUGAGGACCUGGAGAAUUAGUUCCUAAUCCACAGAAGGUGCUGUUUUAUUUAUCCUGAGGCUCUGUGUUUCUGUUUUUCCGUUUGUCUUUAAUGCUUAGAUGAUUGUUUGUACUGUUUGUAUCAUUAAAAUAUUUUUUAUAGCAUGUCUCAUGCCAUUAAACCAUAACGUACAAUUAA